AUGGUUUAUGGAAAACACAUCAAGGUUUCCUGUCAGGUUUGUAUUAUAGGUCAUGGGACCAAAUCGUGUAACCAUAAAUCCAUCAUUGAAUCAGACAAUCCAGGAUAUAAUGGACACAGAGGUUGUUUAGAAGUCAUUUCCAAGAAAGGAAGAAGAAAAUCAAGAAUCCCAGAUCGAAUUGAUGGUGUUGGAAACACAAAUGAUGAUACUAUAACAUUAAAUCCCAAUAAUGAUAAAUUUAUCUUGAUUGAAGCCGAAUUGAUUCCUAAACUUAAUGAAUGGUGUCCAAAUAGUCAAAACUUUAGAUAUGAAUGUGAUUAUCCGUGUUGUAAGAAAAUAUCAAAAGAUUUAUACAUCAAUGAGGAAACUUCUAGUUUUUUAAGAGUUCCACACUAUUGUGACCUUACUUCAAUUGAAGAUGCAAAGAAGAUUGGAACACCUGUUAGUUAUAAAGAUUUGCCAACUGAGUUUUUGAAUAAUGAUGUAAACUUCCAUUCUAUUGCUAAACUUUAUCCAGAUAAAUCAGAUUAUCCAAUUCAAACGGUCAAUCCAUAUGCUGAAACAGUUCUUAAACCAAAUCCACAAUCAACUAGCGACGAAUCAUUGAAUGUUCAAUCCAGCAAUAAUAGCAGUAUAUCUGCAACACUCAAUACUAAUCCAAUCAUUCCGUCUUAUAGUGCAGAAUUGAAUUAUCAAGUUCCUGAUGUUUCUCUCAUUGUCCCGUUGAAUUCAAAUUCAAAUGGAAGCACUAAUCAACAACAUCAUAAUAAUCAAAUCAUCAAUCAAAAUAAUUAUCAAACUCAAUAUCAACAAAAUAAUAAUCAUUAUAAUAGGCUUAAUCAAUUUAGUCAUCAAAACAAUAAUCAAAUCAAUUAUCAAUAUCAGUUGAAUGAUUAUCAAAAUAGAAACUAUCAAUAUCAAUAUAAUCUCCAAAAUCAAUAUAAUUAUCAGAAUAAUAGUCACAUCAACAAUCACAACGUCAAUAAUACCCAUUAUUUUAACAUCAAUGGUAACACCAAUCAGAACAAUAAUGCUAUUAAUCACAACACUCAACACUUUGUUAGUUUAAAUGGUUUGAACAAUCUUGCUUAUCAUAAUCAUUUAGCUGCAAAUAACAGUCAAAGCUUGCCUUUGAGAAAUCCAAUGAUAUCUAACCCAAGACCUUAUCAACCAUCAAUCCAAUCUAAUCCAAUUAUUCCAAACAAUUGUAAUAACUAUGGAACCAGCUCCCAACAAUUAAAUUUUGUUUUUGAAGAUCCAUCCAAAUAUUCUGAUGAUGAUUGUGAAGAAGAUAGUGAAGAUGAUAGUGAUACCAUUGUGGUUGAUCAUGAUAAUUAUGGAAAUAAAGGUAAUGGUUAUGAUUAUGAUGAAGCUGAUUCUUUUUUAUUAAAGUAUGCACCAGCUUUACAAGAAUUUAAUAAUAACUCUGAGUAA